UCGUUAAUCCGGCGCCACAAAUAGCCUGUAGUGAUUCCUCCCCAAAAAACUCCUGAACUGAUAGAAAACUCUUAACAGAGAAAUCAAGAGAAGUUGUUCAAUGCUAAUCUGCACUAAUUCGAUUCAAGGAUGGAACUCCACGCUUCCCACUCUCCUUCUUCUUGAACAAUGCAAAACCCUAAACGAUGUAAAUCAAAUCCACUCCCGCUUGAUAACAACUGGUUUCGUAAAAAACACUGCUUUAACCUCAAAAAUCGUCCUCGCCUUCACUUCCUCCCCACAUCCGCCGCUUCUAGAAUUUGCUCGCUACCUCUUCUUCACGCAUCAUGCUUUCAGGGUUUGUCGGAAAGAAGACGACAGCCUUUUUCUUUGGAACGCUGUAAUCAAGUCGUACUCUCAUGGGCAUGACCCGGAGCAAGCUCUGGUUAUGCUCUGUUUGAUGCUUGAAAAUGGAGUUUGGGUGGAUGAAUUCUCGUUGUCUUUGGUUCUGAAGGCAUGUUCGCGACUGGGUAUGGUAAGGGAAGGAAUGCAGGUACAUGGGUUGUUAAGGAAAAUGGGAAUAGUGCUGAAUUUGUUCCUGCAGAAUUGUUUAAUUGCUCUGUAUGUUAAAUCUGGGUGUUUAGGUUUUGCACGCCAAGUGUUUGACAGAGCGGAGAAAAGGGACUCUGUUUCAUAUAAUUCAAUGAUCGAUGGGUACGUUAAACAUGGGUUUAUUGAUUUGGCAAGAGAGCUGUUUGAUUCUAUGCCAAUGGAGGAGAAGAAUUUAAUUUCCUGGAAUUCUAUGAUUAGUGGUUAUGCACAAUUAGACGGUGGACUCAAGGUUUCCCGCCAGAUGUUUGAUGAAAUGCCCAACAGGGACUUGAUUUCAUGGAACUCAAUGAUUGAUGGGUGUGUAAAAUGCGGGAGGAUGGAGGAAGCUCAAGCAUUGUUUGACACGAUGCCCCAGAGGGAUGUGGUCAGCUGGGCUAGCAUGAUCGAUGGGUAUGCGAAACAAGGUGAGGUUGAGCUAGCAAGGACCUUGUUUGAUGAAAUGCCCGUUAGAGAUGUUGUGGUGUGUAAUGCUAUGAUGGCUGGCUAUGUUCAAAAUGGCUAUUUCAUGGAAGCUUUAAAAAUUUUUCAUGAGAUGCAGAGUGAAAAAAACUUGUCCCCUGAUGAAGCCACUUUGUUAAUAGUUCUUUCAGCAGCUGCACAAUCAGGGCUUGUCAAAAAUGGGGUAGCAAUACAUCAUUACAUAGUGAGAAAUAAGUUCUAUUUAGGUCGAAAACUAGGUGUUGCACUUAUUGACAUGUAUUCGAAGUGUGGCCAUAUACAAAAUGCUAUGUCGGUUUUUUAUGACAUAAAAGGAAAGAUUGUUGAUCAUUGGAACGCUAUGAUUGGUGGGCUGGCCAUUCAUGGCAAGGGUGAAUUGGCCUUUGGUUUGCUCAUGGAGGUGGAGAGGACUUCUCUAGAGCCAGAUGAUAUCACGUUC